AUGUCCAUUCCGGAGGAUGCCCGGGUUCUCUCCGCCCCCAUGGGGAUUUCUAGUUAUCUUCGGUGCCUGGUGAUCAAAGAGGACCAAGCCAAGAUGAACGAGCUGGAAGCGCCCUGCAUGUUAAACGAAGCUCAACAUGCGUUAAAUCGGGCCUCGGUGCUUCAUCACGAGACUUUUCUCAGAUAUCGGGAGGAGUUAAAACAUCACGAGGUCGAGACUCGGGAGCUUACUGAGAAGAGGGAUACUUACAAACUUCUUAGUGAGAAACUCCAGGCUGGGCUAGAAGUAGCUCAGAAGGAGCAUGCCGACCUGGUCGAGCAAGUGGAAGUGGAUACGGUCAAAGCUGAGGCCAAAGAAUGGAAGAAAAAUACUGAUCACCUGGCCUCGGAGAAGGAGACUGGCCGGGCACAGUUGGCUUCAGUUGAGGUCCAGCUUCAGGCUGCAAAGGAAAAAACCUCGGUACAGGCCAAAAAGAUCGAGGAGCUUCAGUCUCAGCUGAACUCGAUUGUAUCUGUUCAAGAAAAUCUGGCCAAGGAUCUUGAGGCAGCCAAGUCAGAGGUUGUCGUGGUCAGGGCUGAGGCCAAUGAUAGAAUGGCUGGGCACAAGGACGAUGCCGAGGUGGCUCAAGGACCAAGAGAGAAAUAUGGUGAAGAACGCGAAAUGGAAAUCCCGAAGGGAUGCCCUCGAGGGAGUCCAUGCUCAGAAUUUUGA